GGAGGGGAAAACGUGAUCCUGCCGGAGGAGGAGAGGGAGAGACUAUGUGACACGCUGCCGGCGUGCAGCAGCACCGGCGCCGAGCAGGAUGCGUAAGGAAUAAGUGGAACACGCCAAAAUGAGCGUGACGUCGUGGUUCUUGGUGAGCAGUACUGGCAUUCGCCACCGGCUCCCUCGGGAGAUGAUAUUUGUCGGCAGAGAUGACUGUGAAUUGAUGCUCCAGUCCCGCAGUGUUGAUAAACAGCAUGCUGUAAUCAACUACGACAAGGAGAAAGAUGAGCACUGGGUGAAGGAUCUUGGGAGCUUAAAUGGCACAUUUGUGAAUGACGUGAGGAUUCCUGACCAGAAGUACAUCACCCUAAAACUGAACGAUGUCAUUCGCUUCGGCUACGAUUCAAACAUGUAUGUCCUGGAGCAAAUUCAACACAAGGUCCCAGAAGAAGCAUUAAAGCAUGAGAAGUAUACCAGCCAACUUCAGAUGAACUUCAAAGGCACAGCAAUGAAGAGGGUGGAGCAGUCCAUGGAGCAUGGUGUCUACACUGAGUCCUCACAAGCAAAGCUGGAGAAGGAGAGGAAAGCAAUUACAGAGACCAAUACUUACCGCACCCCUCUUUAUGGCCAGCCCUCCUGGUGGGGGGAGGACGAUGCAAAUAACAAGGAGGACAGAAGACAAGAGGAACACUACUCAGAAAGAUCAAAAGAAAUAACUCAACAUGAAGAGGAACUGAAUGGUAACAUUUCUGCGUAUAGAGAUUCUCAAGAACAGUCUGUGUUUGCAUUCCGGAGAGAGCCAAGUUACUUUGAGAUCCCAACUAAAGAAUUUCAGCAGCCAUCAAAAUCUCCGGAAACACAGGUCCAUGAAAUACCAACAAAGGAUGUUGAUGCUGUAGUGCCCCCAGUUGUGCAAAGUCAUGCCUCUUUCACCAUUGAGUUUGACGAUGGUACCCCUGGUAAAAUAAAAAUAAAAGAUCAUGUAACCAAAUUUUCGCUCAGACAGAGAAGACCAUUUAGUAAGGAACCUGCUCAUACAGAAGUGAUGUCAGCAGAGAGCAAAGUGGCUGAUUGGCUUGUCCAGAAUGACCCCAGCUUGAUGAGACGACAAUCUCCAGGAGAAGAUGUGUACAGUACGAAGAGUGACCUGCCAGUUCAUGUGAGGACACUUAAAGGCAACAGGCAUGAGGACGGAACACAGAGCGACUCUGAAGACCCUGUGGCACCCAAAGCAGAGAAGGAGACAACGACUGGCAGUGAACGUGCGGCAGAGCAAACCAGGCUGCAGCGCCAGAUGAGGCGCGAUCCCCAUGAGAUGCUGCACAACAAACAGGCGUUUGUCAUCGAGUUCUUUGAGGACACGCCACGGAAGAAGCGGUCACAGUCCUUUACGCACAGUGCUCACUCCUCCCAGAGUGACACCGAUCCAGGACCGAAGACUAAGGUUGAAAAGCGCAAGAGCACUUUGCCAGCCGACAAACUGGGAAAUGCAGCGCCGUCAUCCCACCUUGGGGCUCAGACAAGCAAACCAAGUAACACGCCCUCUGGGACCCAAAGAACUAGUUCUUUCAAGAGAGAGAAGACAGAGGAUAGGAUCAACUCUUCCUCCUCCUCUGCUUCCAGAUCAUCAGUCAAAACAUACGGGAGUGUUGGGAGGAAGUCUAAAAUGGCUCAGGAUUUUAUGGCUGAGUAUUUGCGGGAGACUGCUCAGUCUGGGAAGCCGAGUGCUGAGAAACCAGUGCCUCUGCCCAUGCCGGUAGCUCCACGUGUGGUUAUAUCAUCAGAGCAAGAAUCUGCCACUGUUCCACCUCCCGAGUUAAAGUCGGCCCAGGGCAGGAGAAAUGAUGAAGACGACAGUGUGAGUGAGACGGGCACCUACACCAUCGAGACAGAGUCGCAGGAUAAAGAAGUGGAGGAAGCACGAAAAAUGAUAGAUCAGGUUUUUGGUGUUCUCGAGUCACCUGAGUUUUCCAGAAUAUCUUCAGCCUUUAGACCAAUAAUAAAAGGUGAAAAAGAUGACUCUGGUUCUCAUCAGCAUCUAAUCAGCGAAAAUGGCACUAGUCAGAAAUCACCCUUGCUCCAGGCAUUCGCCUCAAAAGCUGUGAGUGGGUCUCAGGCUGAUAUGCAGAUGUCUGCAGCAUCUCAGGGGAGUCAGAAGUGGGUGUCUAGGUGGGCGAGCCUUGCGGAUAGUUACUCUGACUCUGGAUCUGUGUCUGGGCAGGGUGACAGCGGUACAGAAGGUGGUGUAGCCCCAAAACCUGCGGAACCAGAAAAUAUCAUGCCCUUGAGAACAAGGCGCCUUCUACCCCAACUACCACCAAGUGAGAAAUCGGACAGCCCCACACCUACGGUUCUGAUUUGUCAGGAGUCCUAUACUGAAGUUACAAAGAGAAGCAUCAUCAAGGAUCGCUACAUGGAAGCCUACAGCGAUUCCAGCAGCCGCCUUUUCAUCCAAGAGGACUUGGAUCCAGAUAGCCUCAGUGAUGCCAGCAGAUCUGAUGAUGGUUUCAGCAUGGAAAAAGGCAGGAAAUAUAAAGAGAACAAUAAAACGCUAGAGCAGAUGGAGGAAGACACAAAAUCUGAGAGCCAGCAGCCAGGAGCUCCCCGGAUCUCAAAUACGAGAGCAGUAAGUGAGCCAGUUUCUACUUCUUUCUACAUUGGUGAUGACAGUAACGAUGUGAGGAUUCCCUCUAAGCUCUCUCUGAGCAUGUCCCAUGCUCGAGCAGACAAAGAAGGCAAGGAUCAGGAGUUUUCCUUCAAGGCUGCUGGUGCACCUGUUUCUGGAAAGCCACCAGUCAAAGAUGUUAGCGCUUACAUUAAUGCAGCAGGAAAAAUGGUUAUUUCCCUUCAUCAGAAUCUUCCUCAAGAUCAGGAAAACGUGGCAGGAAAGGAAGCAUCGUCUUUUGUUAGACAAGAAAGUUUUACCAAAGAUAAAUCGAGCAGUGCUGUUUCUCAAAAUAAACUUCCGCAUAUUUCAAGUCACCCUCUGCUUAAAGAUUUAGAGGCUGUUCGAUCAGCCCGUAUGGAUUUUGGUCAGGACACUCAUCUUCUCCUUAAGGACACUGAAACUGCCUUGGCAGCCUUGGAAGCCAAAUUACUUGGUCAAAACCAACAGCUGGAGCCCUCAGAAACUGCUGGUCAGCUGGAGGACUCCCUGUCUGGGGACUCUGAUGUGGACACAGCCAGCACAGUCAGCUUGGUGAGUGGCAAAAAUGUCCCGACAAGUGCCCCGAAACGCAAAGCAGUCGCUAGCUUGCAGAAGGAGAAAUCUUCCUCCACACCUUCCAUCCAGGACCAGUGUGGGCAGCCUAGCGCUAGGGACCGGUUGACGGAAAAGCAGAAAACGCAAGCGCCGGAGGCGGCGAGCCGAGCAGAGGCGACCAAGCGCUUCCAAAUGAAGCGGAGUGCUGGGGCUCGAGGGUCCCUUGAUUUUACAGAUGAUGAGAGAAGCUCAAGCCUGCCCUACCUACCAGUUCCUGAGGCGGUGGCCUCUGACCACGAGCACUCGGUAACAAGGCCAGUUCCAAGAAGGAAACCUUUUGCUCAGGCUGCUAAAGAGGAUCACAGCAAAACAACAUCGAAUGUGCAGAAGAUCCAGCAAGUCCUCACCCGCUCCAACAGCUUAUCAACCCCACGGCCCACGAGAGCCUCCAAGCUGCGUCGUGCCCGGCUGGGAGACGCUUCAGACAACGAGUGUGCCGAUACUGAGAAAACAGCCUCCAACCCUGAAGCCACCACUGCAGGGUCCAAGCAAUCUGCAGAGACUAAAAAGCUCUCCCGGCUCGACAUCCUCGCCAUGCCGAGGAAACGGGCUGGUUCGUUUACAGUGCCGAGCGACUCUGAAACGGCGCAGCCGAGGACGGGGUUCGCAGGCCGGAGCGGGGAAGCCUGCCGGAAGACGGGUGUUUCGGAGGUCAGAGCUGCGGCGAGGAAAACUGCAGCCGCUGCCUCGGUGAAGCAGCCUUUCAGCAGAACCCGCUCCGGCAGCGUCAAGUAUUCCUCCUCUUCUACAUCAAGGCGGAGACCACAGGGUUCAGAUUACACUUCUACUUCGGAGGAGGAGUAUGGCUCAAAUCACAGCUCCCCUAAACACAAACGCUCCCAUACUUCAACAGCCACACAAACACCGAGGAUACGUGGUUCUGGGCUGAGCAAGCAGAAACACAACGGUAAAGAAACAGAUGACGAUGAAGACUUUGAUCACCCGGAUCCCUACAACUUCAUUGCACAAACAGCAGAGAUAGCAGAAAUAGCAAGAUUAAGCCAGACCUUGGUAAAGGAUGUGGCCAUCCUUGCUCGAGAGAUUCACGACGUUGCUGGAGACGGGGACUCGCAGAGUUCAUCGGGGACGGGACAAAGCACCUCCCUCAGCUCUGUGCCCAACACUCCUGCUUCCACCAUAUCGGCAAGAGAAGAGUUGGUGCAGCGCAUUCCAGAAGCAAGUCUGAACUACCAGAAAGUGCCUCCAGGAUCAGUAGAACUGAAGGAUUUUGACCAAAAUAUGAACGAUAAUAGAGAAGAGGAUCCCUCAAGAAAAACAAGGACAAGAAACCGUGAGGAGGUAAUCUUUGACAACCUGAUGUUGAAUCCAGUGUCCCAGUUAUCCCAUACAAUCCGCGAAAAUACAGAAAACCUAGCUGAAAAAAUGAAGAUUCUGUUUCAGAACUCAGAAAGGACCUGGGAGGAGAUGGAAGCCAAAAUUAACUCAGAAAAUGAAGUGCCAAUUCUGAAGACAUCAAACAAGGAAAUCAGUUCUAUCCUGAAGGAGCUCAGGAGAGUCCAAAAACAACUUGAAGUCAUAAAUGCUGUCAUUGACCCUACUGGAAACUUGGAUGUGGUUGCAAGUAACAAAGCGUGUUCAGCUGCUAAGCAAUCUACAGCCGCUAAAGUCAGGACUGCUAACACUUCUGGGUCCACACUGGAGACUUUGUCCCCAGCACAGAUGAGAAACUACACACAGAAAUCGAACUGUGGGUCUUCUAGCUUACAGGAUUCAAACUUCAUUCCAGAUGGAGAGAAAUAUGUGAUCUGAUACAGUAUUUUGUAUUGCUAUCAUAUUGUAAUCUACUGUUGCGUUAGUACUGUGUAUGAGUGGUUUGUGGACAGUUUGUGUGGAGCAGUUGUUUAGAUUGCUAACACAUUGCACAAAAAAAAAAAACUAUGCUGUGAGGGUGAAUAGCAAGUCUAUGUAUGCCUUUUAAACAAGACUAGCACUGUGGAGCAGCACACAUUCAGCAUAGAGGCAAAGUGAUUUUUAGAAAAUUACUCACUUAUUCUUCCAGUGUGCCAUAAGAAAACAGGCUUUACAUACCCUCCAUUCAGUACUGCCGAAGCUAAAGUGUUCUUGCAUUAGCCUGUUUAUAAUUAUUCAGUUGUAAUGAAGGGCAAUUAAAAAGAAAACACUUUGGCGCUAGAUUUGUUUUGUUUUUUUUUUAAUUUUACAAAUGGAGCAUUACAACUCUGUUGGAAUCAAUGUGCAUAUCCAACAGAAUGAUGGUGCAAUAUAGCAGGUUUCUAGGAGAAACACUGCAGUUGUAUAAAGUCCUCCUCAGUGUUUGUAAAAAGGAGGCAACACUGAAGUUGUGUAUCGUGUUUUCAGCCCAAAAAACAAAAUAAGAUAGAACCCUUUGUUUUUCCAUUGGAAAAGUAUGAAAGUUAACUAUGAUGGUAUGAAUGUAAAAACUACUCAUGUGGUUACUAUUUUUGACUAUGUUUCAGGCCCAAAGUUUCAGGUGUAGGUACAAAAAAUCAGGUUUUACAGUUUAACUUGCCAAAUUUUCAUGGUUUUGGUACAAUUGUUAUCUCUAAGCUUUUUUUCUUUUUUAAUAUAAAAUCUUUUCACAAUGAGCUACAAAUUCUCUUGAGUGGGCCAAAGACAAAGAUGUUUGUGAUCAGCUAAUUGCUAAGAAAAACAUCUGUUCCAAUGGCUCAUGUAAUAAACUUAAUUGCACAGUUGCUGUGAACUCGUGUUCACUUGAUGGCACUCUAAAAAUAAUGGCUUAAAUGUAGCUCCACCUUUGCUGCUAGUUCUGUCAUGCAAUUUUUUUCAGAGCAAGUGUGCUUGAACACCCACCAUCUUCUGGUGUUCUUCAGAAACCAUUCAACAGUGUCAAGCAGUUGGUGCAUUUGGGAUUUUUGUCUGGAUCUUAUUUUUGAUCUGUUAUGAUCCUAGGAACACUAAGGAUUAUAUGCAGUUGCACUGAGCAAUUUCUUGUUUUAAAAGAAGUUACUUUUUGUAUUCUGUCUUUCAGUUAAACUGCAAAAUUCCAAGCAAUUUUUGUGGCUUUGUGUUAAGAAGAAUUUUGAAGGGACCUCUUCCAGAUGCAUUUGCUGCCAGUUUGGUGGUUUUUCCCUCUUGUAUUGAUUUCUUUUUCAUUCUUUUUCGUCAAUAAACAAUAAUCAGGUAAAGAAACCUAAUCUUCUGUCGUAGUUACGGAGGAUACGUGUUUUGGGAAAGGUGAGCAGAUGAGUUCCAUUUUGCCCUUAUACAGUGUGGUGUUUAACCAGUGAAAAUGUUUUCCCAAGCUUGACUGCUUCUUGUGUGCUGACUUCAUAUUUUGGGAUGGGCAAGGGUUACUUUAUAGUUAGCUUAAGUAGUUAUUUGAGCUUUUUUGCUAGGAUGUUGUAAAAGUGGGAACCUGUUAAAAUAAUUUAAAUAUAUAGGGAUGCUCACGCAGUCUUUAAUCUACUAGCAAAGAGCAUGACUGCUUUCAUGGUGAAGCCAGCGGAAGCUUCCUAUUGAUUUCAGCAGAAACAGGAUCAGUCCCAAAAUGGGAGUAUGCCAACAGGCCAUUAGUUUCUUUUGAGUGUGGAAGGUGCUGGCUGGCAAACAGUAGGUAUAAAUAUACUUCCAAGUUUUUUGGUAGGUAAUAAGACUCAUCUGCUUGUGUGGAGAUGCUCUUCUGUGGAGAAAUCUACUGGAUUUCACAUAGAUGAUGACAACACUAAAACUCUGCGGAAUAAAAAAAAAAAAUCAUCCUUGAUACGUUCCUCUGCCUGUAAUACGUGCGUUGUCUGAAUGUGAUGUUCAUUCAGUCAUUCUGACCUGUCGUUUCUUGAAAUACCUGACCAUGUCCUUGAUGAAUAUCGUAAGUGGUAGAAUUGUUCCUGACAUAGACGAUACACACUUUUUCAAGCCGUUCUUGGCUAGGGUUUGAUACGACCAGGUGCUACCCCAACUCACCGAGAGCUGAAGGACCUUCACAGAUAAGGUAUUGGUGUUGGUUUCAGUUCUGCUAUAGAGACAAGUUAAUUACUCAGACAUCUGAUUUUUAUUAUUCUUUGUUACCAUGUUUCUGCAUUUUCAUGGCUAUGCUCUAAUGGAUUUUGUUUCUCUAUAAUGUGUCCAUGAUGUGACUUGUUUUUACUUUCACUUGAAAAUUGCUUGAUUCUUUUUUCAUACAUGAACACAUCAGGGAUAGAUUUUCUUCCUUGGUUGCUCUGCUCUGAAUUCGAGGGGGAGCCCACAGACACCUUACAUCAAUUAAGGCAACCCAUAAAUAUGAUACCUCUACAAAUGACUAAUAGGGAUGCAACAGUUGGUGUCUGUUAAUAAUUUGGAAAGUGUAUGUGUGGAGUGGGGAGAGAACAGCUUGAUCUGUUUUAUUUAUGACUCAACCAAAAUAUGAAAUGCUUCUGUAUCCUGACACAACAUUAAUGCCUGGAUCUUCGCAUUCAAAACUGUCUUGGUAAUUAGUGGUGAAAUGUAGUUGGUUUUUCUGUAUUCACAGCUUCUGAAGUACACUCCAUUUGCACUUGUCUGCUCCAGAUAAGCCAAAGAGCUAGCCAUGUGGUUAUAACUCCUUUAUUCACUUUAUUCGUUGUUCGUUCUCCUAAGCAGUACUGUAUGCACCGAUGAACACAUGCCUCUGUGUGAUUCCAAUGUGAGCGUAACAGCUGCAUAGUGGCGUAUCUAGCUGGCCUGGGAUCAGUGCAUGGGAUUCCUGUUGGCUUCAGUGAGUGUGGAUGGGCUUUCUGUUGGGCUUGGCAAGGGUGGCACUGACCUGUGGGCCAUUCUCCUACCAUAUUGCUUUCAUGUUUUUUUGUAUUUGACUAAAGAAAUGUAAUGAAGGAUGGGAUUUUCAAAGUUUGAGGAAAGCAGGUGUUCAGGUCCUCUUGGUUGUCUGUACAAUUUGGGUGCCUGAGCACCUUUCAAGAUCCCUGUCCUUAGUUCUUCCAUUAUACUUGAAAACUGUAUUCUCAGUUUAAUUCUUUCAAUGUAAAAUCUUGUUAUUCUGUUAUGAUGGAAUGAAUGUAAAUUCCUGAGAGAAUGUGUACAAGCUUUGUGAGCGAGGAUCUAUGUAUCUACAGCAAUGUCAUGUUGUAGUCACGCUGCAGGAGAAAAGAGUGUCUACAUCAUCUUUGAGCAUUUUAAUAAAGGUAAAACUAGUGGAAUGUUUACAUACAGCCUACUGAAAAAAAAAAGAAAUGUAAAGUAUUUAAGUACAAGAUUCUACUAGUUUUUUCUUUGGGUUUGCAGAUCACACUAGCUAUUUUUGAAGUUCAGUAAAUGUGUAUAAUUUUUGCAAAAACCAGACAGAACUACCUGUUCACUUUUGAUGUGCCCUGUGCUGAAUUGUGCCUAUUUCACUAUCUGCUGUUGUUAUGCUGCUGAUUCUGCUGUUCUGAACUGUUCACUGGAUCAUUCCAUUUGCAUGCAACACAAAUGCAAGCUGAGCUGUCUGAGAGUAAAGCUGAAACACGUUUGUAUGACUUCAAUUGAUUAAUAACUUUCUCUUUUUCCCACCCUCUUGAAAUGCUGUGUAUGAUUUGAUUUGUUUCUCCUACCCUUAUUUUUUCUGCUUUUUUUAUGGUAAUUUAUUUUUGUUUGGAUUAUAGGCCGUAUAUGUACAUUUUGUUCCAAGGUGAUA